AUGCAAAUCCGGUUGAACAGCGACAACAACGUCGAUGAUGAAGAAGAUGAGAAGGAGGAGGACAGGGAGAAGGCUUUGCUUGUUUUUACUGUUGCUUUUCGUUCGGUACCCAACAACGGCGACGACAACAAUGGUAUUGAUGACGAUGACGGACCAGUGCUGCAGCAGCGCUUCCGAUACUUAUGCAUGUGGCGAAGGCGAAGAGGAGAUGAAAUAUUGUUGGUGACUAUGAUGACAGUGAUGUUGGAAAUUUUUGUUGUUAUAAUUGUUGUUAGACGACUGAAAUUAAUGGUAGUGUUUGGAUGUAUGGUAGACGUGAUAAGCUGGGCUGGUGAUAUCACUGUGGCGGCUGGACAGUCUGUAUUGCUUAUUUAG